AUGGACUUAGAAAUUGAUUUAAAUCUAAAUUUGGAUGAAUGCAAUAAAGAAGGUGAUGAGAGGGAGAUUGACAAUAUUAAAGAUGGGGAAGAUGGAAAAAUUUUAGAACUUUAUGAUGGAAUGGAAUUUGAUUCAUAUCAAAAGGCAUAUUCAUGUUAUUUAAAAUACACCAAAUUGACUGGAUUUGGUAUUACCACAAGAUCUAGUCGUCGAUCAAAAACUUAUGGAGAGUUCACUGAUGUAAAAUUCGUUUGUACAAGAUAUGAGCUUAAACAAGAAUCAAAUGCUGCCAAUCAACACCCUUACUUAAAGAUAGAUUGUAAAUCAAUGUUACAUGUAAAGAAAAAGUUAGGAGGAAAAUGGUAUGUUCAUAGUUUCAUCAAAACACAUAACCAUGAGCUUUAUCCUGCCCAUGGUCAUUACUUUCCGUGUCAUAGAAGGAUUACCUCUUCCAAUAAGAAUAGUAUUAACAAUUUGCAUGCAGUUGGUGUUAGCACAAGUAAAAUUUUUGCUGCAAUAGCAAAACAACAUGGAGGAUAUGAAAUUGUUGGCUUUUUGGAGAAAGACAUUAGAAAUAAUUUGGACAAAGAAAGGCACUUAGCACUUGAAAUGGGGCAUGCUAAAGCAAUGCUUGAGCAUUUUGUGCAUUUGAAGAAGAAAAUCCUAACUUCUUUCAUGCAAUUGACUUGGAUGAAGAACAAAGUCUCAAAAAUGUUUUUUGGGUUGAUGCAAAAAUCUAUUUUAUUUGGAUAUGCAUUGCUUAAAGAUGAAACUACAUCAACAUUUAUUUGGCUAAUGAAGACAUGGAUUAGAGCAAUGGGUGGAAAACCUCCAUCUGCUAUUUUAACUGACCAAGAUAAAGCUAUGAAAGCAGCCAUUGCAAUUGUCUUUCCAAAUACAAGGCAUCGCUUUUGUUUAUGGCACAUAUUGAGGAAAGUUCCUGAAAAGCUUGCGCAUGUAAUAAAGGCAAAUGAGAGCUUUAUGAGAUCAUUCAACAAUUGUAUCUAUAAUUCAUGGACUAAUGAAGAUUUCAAGAACAAAUGGUGGAAUAUGAUUAAGAAUUGUAAACUUAAAGGAAAUGAAUGGCUUGAAUCUUUGUUUGAAGACCAAAAGCAUUGGGUGCCUGUUUACAUGAGAGAUACAUUUUUUGCAGAACCAUUUGCUGAAUAUGGAGGAUUCAAUCCCUGGUUCAAAACAAACACAAUUAUGACUUUGCAAAAGAACAAUGUGUGGAGGAAAGCAUAUGGGCUGCAACAUGUGAAUGAACUUCAUCCUUUGUGA